UGUCAUUUUGAAAUAUUUUGAAUUGGGUGAAAUUCGCACGUGUUUUAGUUAAUUUUAAAUGUUAAGAAUAAAUUUAAAAAAUGAAGGUAUUAUCAGAAGAUAGAACAAGGAAACUAUUUGAAAAGUUAACAAAAUAUAUCGGAGUCAAUGUUAAACUGCUAAUAGACAGACCAGAUGGCACAUACUGCUUCAGAGAGAAAAAGGACAGAGUUUACUAUAUAUCAGAAAGGUUGCUACAACUAGCGCAGACAGUCAAACCUGACCAUUUAGUAUCUGCGGGAACAUGCUUCGGAAAGUUCACUAAGACUAACAAAUUCAGGUUACACAUAACAGCGUUAACGUACAUAGCACCAUACGCGCCAUACAAGAUAUGGUUAAAGCCAUCCGCUGAGCAGCAGUUUUUGUAUGGACACCAUGUUAUUAAGAGUGGUCUAGGCAGGAUAACAGAAAACACGCCGAAACACCAAGGCGUAGUAAUAAACACGAUGUCAGACAUACCCAUAGGCUUCGGCGUAGUGGCGCGAUCCACUACCGAGUGCAGGAACGCAGACCCGCUAGCUACCAUCGCGUUCCAUCAGGCGGACAUAGGGGAGUACAUCCGAUCUGAAGAUACAUUGGUAUAGGUGUUCUAUUUCAUGAUGACCGCUCAGCUUUGCUUGUAGUAGUGAGUGUAUAACGUUAACGCAUUUGUGUGCGUAAUGUAAACCAUGUCAUAGUCGAAACUAAGUGCCACACACACUGACAGUGUGUAUGUACAUGUGCACUCACACAAACAUACCCAAACGGUCUUCAUGAAAUAGAACAUCCGUAUAGGUUA